AUGCGGGCUGCGUUUCUACUUGUGCUUUACUGCAUAUUAAUUGUUCGGAAUACGACCUCCUGGCCUUUAAAUUCCAAACACCAAGAGAAUGGUAACGUUAUAUGUGUUAUUUUUAUGGAUCAUACUAACAGAGGGAGUGCUCCAAGUUUGACGCUUAGAUUUUCUUGAAACUUGACACAGAUUUAGAUUAAUCUUUGCUUACACAUAUGCGAGACUCCAAACUCGCGGUUUGAAGAAACGACCGGAAUUUUUAGAUCAAAAGUAGGAAAAAAUUACAGUUUUUUUGCGAAUUUUAUAACAUGAAAAAUUUGCAGGCCUAUUUUUACCGUAGAGGGUAAACUUUCCAUUUUUAAAUAAAAUAAAAUAUCAUUCUUUUCUUGCGGCACUAGCAAAGAUAUAUUUUUAUAUGGCCAAAAGAUGUGGGCUGUGUACGAAGUGUGCGGAAAAUUUAAAGAAAAUCUGGGUAUUUCAGUUGGGGUAUUGCCUUGCAAGUACUGGGUUGUGCAGAAAGUUCGUUCGUUUUUUUUAUUGUUCUGUGUUUGUUUUGCGUUGUCAUAGAUGGGGUUCAUUUGUGUGUAAUUGCCCUUCCGUGAACUGAAACAAAAAUGAGGCAAAAAUUUUACAUCUCCGUUUGCAUUGUUUUCUCAAUGUCUCACGUUUCAAAGAAAUUGCUGUUUCCCUCUGACUAACCCUUCCACCGCAAAAUGAUUAAGGAUUAUCAGCAAACAUUUUCAAAAAGACUAAAGAAAUUUUGCUAUUUAUAAAAAUUGACCUAACGAUAACCCAGAUAUUUACAGACAUCCAGCUUCAACGACAAGAGUCCGCUGAGCUGGAGAAACUGUGGGCCAAUCUAAACCAGGAUCAAAAGAACGCGUUGUGUGAUCGGAAGCUCUCUUCACGAAUUGCUUUGCCAGGUAAAUUAUACUACUAAAUAUCAGUCUGUCGGGAAAAUAAUGUGGUUUCAUCAGGCCUUGAAACCACCCAUAAUUUUUUUGCGUCGUGGCUAGGGGUUUGGUGUUCAACUAAUAUGAGCGACAUAUUUUCCUGCGACAAGUCCACAUUAUUUUCCAGACAAGCUGAUAGUAAGUUUCGAAUUUCUUUUUAUCGCAUUCCAACUUCAGAAGAAGCCGAGCAGCGACGCUUACAACUCUUCUCCCGACAUUGCAUCAUUCUUGGAUGA